GCACUUCCACUAUGACAUCGAUCAACAAGAUCUGGGUACCCAAUUACUCUCCUUUGCACCAGUUACUACUCGAAGAAUACUACGAUGUCCUAUACGCGGGACACUUCGGUAGCAACAAAGCGCUCACGGGCAUUGCAACGCACUACUACUGGCCCCAAAUGGCAGAUGACGUUCCGAAAUUUGUCACCUCGUGCGACACAUGUCACCGGAUGAAGAGCAGCAAGCAGAAGAAAGCAGGACUGCUACAGCCUCUUCCUAUCCUAGAACAGCCAUGGCAGGUGGUAAGCCUAGAUUUCAUCACCAGGUUACCAACCAUCACAACCGGUCAUGACGCAAUCCUCGUCGUCAUCGAAAAAUUAUCCAAAAUGGGACACUUCAUCCCAACACACACGGUAGCACGCAGCGAGGAGACCACACAGCUAUUCGUUCGCUACAUCAUCUCACAACAUGGCAUUCCAACCACAUUCAUCUCCGACCGAGACCCCAAGUUCACCAGCAAAUUCUGGAAGGAACUGAUGUCACUGCUAGGGACCAAACUCGUCAUGUCAUCCGAAUAUCAUCUGCAGACAGACGGCCAGAUCGAGCGUCUCAACCAAAUUGUAGAGCAACUCCUCUGUGCAGUGUGCAAGGACGAUAUCUCCAAAUGGGACUUGCAUCUACCUGUUUUGAAGUUCGCCUACAACAACACCACUCACACCACUACUAGACAAACGCCGUUCUUCCUCUGUUAUGGACACCACCCGCUCAAGCCACUGCAACCAACCGUAUCAGCCACAGUCCAACCCGCACACGACUUCAUCACAACCAUGCACCAACUUUAGGAUCGGACCCACAAGCGCCUUCUCG